UCUUUUAGAAUUCAAGUGUAUGUCAAAUUAACGUGUAGGAACUUAGCCAGGUUCUUUUCUGUUUUACAUUUGUGUUCUAUGCCUUGUGGGUUUUUUGCAUUUGCACAGUCAUCCUGUCUGUUAGAAACCAAAGCUGUUUCCAUUUGGAUUACUGAAGCAGAUUUUCUCUUCCUACCGAAUCCCUUUGAUGGUCUUCCUUUGUAGAGAGCAAAUCCCAUAUUCCCGGCUGGUUGUACCCAUCCUUCUCUUGGUUGGCUGGCUUGCAGGCUGUGUAUUAAUGGUGUACUAUAUCUUCUCUUAAGAGAGGAGAAGAAGACUUUGCAAAAGAAUCUACAAACUAGAUGAAGAUGGCUAUUUCUUUUUAACAAUCAACUUUACAACUUUUGUUUCAAUACAAUUCCAAUGCCAUCAUAAUAUAUAUGCUUUCUGCCUGCUGAGUAUUUAGCAGAAAGAAUUCCAAAGUAGUUUUGUAAAUUUAUAUACCUUUGAAUUAAAAUUGCAUUGGAUGUUU